AUGGAUCCUAAUCACGAUCGAUCCGACUGCAUUGAAUCGAUCAGUCUUGACCUCUAUAGAUCGGGGAAGCCAAAGUCGUCGAAAAGCAUCCACGCCAUGGAAGAUCAAAGCGUCUCCUUCCGAAUACAAGUUGACGUCUCCAAUGACCAACGAUCCGAUACCUCGCGACAAGAAACUAACGAGCCUGGCAUCACGUCUUUCGAAGAGAUAACGUGCGAAGACGGGAUUAUAACUUUCCACGAACACGAAAUCGCGAGGAUCGAUAUGCCCCACGACGAUGCCCUAGUCAUCACGUUGGAACUUGCGAGCACCAUCUUCUCGAAGAUUCUCGUCGACACCGGAAGCGAUGUCAACGUCGUUUCACAAAAGACGCUACAAUUGAUUAAACAACCAACCCCAGCAAUCAAUCACGAAACAACUCCCCUCAAUAGUUUUGAAGGAAAGGCGAUCCGAUCACUCGGGAUCGUGCCACUAACCACCAAAACUCACUACAUCGAACUAGAGACCGGGUUCACCAUGGUCGAUAAUUUCAUGCCCUUCGACGCCAUCGUAGGAGGUCCCUGGCUACACCAGAUGAAGGCGGUCCCUUCGGUUUACCAUCAGUGCUUGAAGUUCUUAUCACCAACCGGCGAGAAAACCAUACGCGGGAGCCAGAAACAAUCCCGAGCAUGUUAUAUGACCGGAUUCUGA